AUGGCCACAGAUGAAGUGAAGUUGGAAAUUGUGAACGAGAAUAACAAGGGUUCAGACCAGCAUUUGGAUGACGAAAUUGACAGGAUUUUCGGCAAGCCCCCUUUGCCGAAUUUUUCUACAAACGGAUUUUUAAACAAUUUACAAAACGAUGGAAUACAUUUGAAUGGCAACAAUAAAAUCGGUGAGAAUGAUUCGGAGAAGGCGAAACAACCGCUGCUGGAGCCACCACUUGGCAAACAGCUCCCACCUCUAGCUGACAGAAUGAAUGGCAACAAUAAAAUCGGUGAGAAUGAUUCGGAGAAGGCGAAACAACCGCUGCUGGAGCCACCACUUGGCAAACAGCUCCCACCUCUAGCUGGGCCUGAAAUAGACGACCUGGAUGGGGACCCUCCUAAGGACGCCACUCCUUAUCCCGGCAUUGAUGACGGUCUGCUGGAGCAUUCUGACAAAAAACCUGAAAUCUCCGAUCACGACGACGGCGAGCAUGAUACGGAGCACGAUUCGGGUGACGAGCACCACACGUUUAAGGCGUCAAACGAUGGCAUCGGAACUGACGGUAAUUUGCCGUGGGAGCAUGACGAGCCUGACUACCCUUACGAUACAAAUGGCCUUGGCACACGGUUUGGCGUCGAUGAUCGUGCAAUUUCGCCAGUCCCGGGGGUGAUUCCAGACGUGAACACGUAUCAACAGAAAAAAAACUUAGCUCAGGGUAUGAUGGACCUGGCGCUGCUGUCAGCUAACGCGAACCAGCUCCGCUACGUGCUGGAGUCCUCCACUUCGCAUCCCUAUUACUACUCCAGCGUCACCUUUAUAUCACUCAGCGUCAUUAUCCAAAUUCUUGUUGGAGUUGGUCUCAUCAUGAACAGUCGCUAUGACGUCAAUGUACACAAGGAAAUUUGCAAAGCAGACAAGAUUAACAACAUGACAGUACUGGGCAUCUUCCUCAUCACCAUCGUCAACGUGUUCAUCACCUCGUUCAGUGUUGCCACCCCCACGGUCAGUGUUAUGCCAGCAGUGGCCCAAAGUGUCCCAUUAAUAGCCAACAGCAGUACUUAA